AUGGAUUUUUAUAAAUCUAUUACGGAAAAUCUUGGUUUUGAAGAUAGCAGUCCUUCGUUAACCCACGUCACAAAAACGCUUCCAUCACAUGACGUCACAAACCGCCAUGAUUCCCCAAAGCAGAACGAAGUAGAUGGAAAUGUGAUUAACUCGCUCCGGCGAGUUGACUCUCAAAUAAGUAAAGAGCUGGACGAGUGGCCUUCGUCGGAGAUCUUCGUGAGGCACCAGUGGGAGGAUACACCCAAAGGGGACAGACUUGGGGGGUUUCUUUGUUCAACUACCCUGACAGACGGGACAAACCUCCAUGCAUUCCGUUCCCUAAAUCCCGAUGGCAUUCUAGCAAAAUUUCUUCAUGUUAAGUACGUGUUCGAUUACAAACAACAUUCUAUUGCGUUAAAUGAUUUUACUUCAAUAGAACAUGUAGAUCUUACAGUAAAGAAAAAGAUAUUCUUGUUAGUCCAAAUUUUGGAUUCCCCAUCCUUUAGUGAAGAGGAUGUUCUAGAACUAUUUAGAACAUUGCCAAUAGGAGAACCAAUCAAUAUGGUAUUAUAUACCAGGACAACAAAACUCUUAUCAUUUAUUGAUUUUCAACUGGAAGCGACCAAACCAGCCAUAGUAACAGAAGAUAUUAUGCUGAAGACAGCAUAUGUGAAUUUGACGUCAUCAGGCUAUUUUUCCCCAACGGUUAAAGCUCUGCGGAUACCAAAUCAAUCGAAGUUUCUGGUGUCCGACCAAGGACGUCUCCAAUGCAGUCAAGUUACGAACUUUUUAACAAACUGUAAAUGUCAUUUCAUCGUGAGGAAGUCCCUUAAUGAUAAGACCUGGCGUUUUGAAUACAGAUAUCAAGUACAGCUAGAUCCGCCAAAAUAUCUCGGCAUCAGAGGAAAUGCUCUGGACCUGAUAGCUGAAUCAAAAGAAGGAUUAACACAGUUCCAGCAGCAGGAAAGACACGGCCUCGUCUUCUUAAAAAUUCCCGGACGAAACGAUGUGACUGUUAGUUUUAAUGAAGACCGUGGUAUCUAUGAACUUCGGCCGUGUGACUGUGAAGCAGAAAAUGGAAUAAAUCUGGUGCACACAAACUGUCCAGUGUAGAUUUUUGCUGUAAAUUUAUGAAAUGUUAUUUGCAAAAUGAAAGAUAAAAUUUUGAUAGUUUAUACGUAAACCA